UCAGCUCCUCAGCUUCUUUCCCCACAACAGGUCUCUCUCUCUCUCUCUCUCUCUCUCUCUCUCUCUCUCUCUCUUCUCCCCAAAACCACCACGCAGGGGGGCUGGAUCAGCGCCGCUAGUCAGCUGUGACAGUGGCUAGCACUCCCGACAAGCCUCAGGUCAAUUGGUGAAAUGGAUGAUAAUACCUUGGAGAGUCAAGGAUUUUCUCAACCAUGUCGAAAGUUAGAGUUCGAUAUUGAAAUAGAUGGCCAAGAAGCAAACAAGCAAUUAGAUGAUCAAGAAGCAAGUCAAGAUGUACCGGUCAAUACAGAUGAGAAGUUAGUUGAAGAACCAAAACUAGGAAUGGAGUUUGCUUGUCAAGAGAGUGCAUAUGAGUUUUACAAUAGCUAUGCUAAUAAGAUAGGGUUCAGUGUUCGAAAGUCAUCUCUAAAAAAAACAGAUGAUGGUGUCAUAUGUAAGAGGCUAUUUUGUUGUUCUAAAGAAGGUCGAAGACGUGAAAACAAACGAAUUGGUCAGCCGAAGGUCAUCCGUGCAAUUACAAGAACUGAAUGUCUAGCAGGCAUGACGAUUAGGCUCCGAAAAAAUGGAAAAUACCACGUGACUAAGUUUGUGGCAGAGCAUAACCAUGAGGUUGCUACAGCGAUGAAGGUGCACAUGUUAAGGUCACACAGAGGCUUGACUAAUGCUAAAAAAACUAAAGCAAUUAUGGUGGAUGAUUCAAGAAUAACACUCAAAGCAGCUGAUUACAAAAAUUAUUUGCGAAGAAAGCGAAUGAAAGUGAUGGAAAAGGGUGAUGCAGGUGCCGUUCUAGAAUACUUUCAAAAAAUGAAAGUAGAUGAUCCAUCUUUCUUUUAUGCAAUACAAGUAGAUGAAGAUGAUCAGAUUACGAACAUGUUUUGGGCAGAUGGGAAGUCAAUAGUGGACUAUAGUGUUUUUGGGGACGUGGUUUGUUUUGAUACUACGUACAGACUAAAUAGUUAUGAACGACCGUUUGCCUCAUUUGUUGGGGUAAAUCAUCAUAAGCAAACUAUAAUAUUUGGUGCAGCCCUGCUAUAUGAUGAAACGAUCGAAUCUUUUAAGUGGUUGUUUCAAACGUUUUUAAGUGCAAUGUCUGGGAAACAACCAAUGACAAUCUUAACAGACCAAGAUACUGUAAUGGCCAAUGCAAUAGCUUCAGUGAUGCCGGCAGCAUGUCAUCGUCUCUGUGUUUGGCAUAUCUACCAACUUGCCACCAAGCACCUUAGCCAUGUAUUUAAUGGUUCACAAUGUUUUGAAUAUGAUUUUACUAGGUGCAUGUAUGAUUAUGAGGUGGAGGAAGAAUUUCUAACUGCGUGGAAUAACAUGCUUGAGAAGUAUGAUUUGAUGCAAAACAAGUGGCUACAAGAUCUCUUUAAAGAAAGAGAAAAAUGGGCUUUGGUUUAUGGAAGAAAUACAUUUUGUGCUGACAUGAAGAGCACGCAACAAAGUGAGACCGUGAAUAGUGUAUUGAAAAAAUAUUUGAACUCCAAGUAUAAUAUCUUGUGCUUCUUCACUCAUUACGAACAGGUAGUGGCUGAUCUACGAUAUCAGGAAUCCAUAGCUGAUUUCAAAAUGAAGCAGAGUACCCCGGUAAUGUUUCUUGAUGUGAAGAUGUUAAAGGAAGCAGCAAAGGUUUACACUCCGAAAGUGUUUGAAAUGUUUCAAGAUGAGUAUAAGAAAAUUCUUAGUCAUUCAAUUUUUAAACGUGGUGAGUUUGGCACGGUUGCAGAGUUUCGAAUUAUUUAUAGCGACAAAGAUGAAGGACAUACUGUUAGAUUUGACUCAUUAGAUGAUACUGUGAUGUGUAGUUGCAAGAAGUUUGAGUUUGUGGGGAUCUUAUGUAGUCAUGCAUUGAAAGUUUUAGAUUGUUAUAAUGUAAAAGUGCUUCAUCCCCGUUAUAUUUUGAAGAGAUGGCAAAGAGAUGCAAAGGUGGGUUUUGCUACAAAUCACAAUGAGUUAACUAUACAAGGCGAUCGCAAUGUUAUGUUAGGUAAGCGGUACAAUUACUUGUAUCAUAAGCUUCUUAAAAUUGCGGCAAUGGCCGGGGAAUAUGAAGAGGUCUUCAAAUUUGCUGAUAGAUAUGCAGAUAAAUUUCAUGAUGAAGUGAUGGAAUGUUUGAAAAGCAUCAAUGAACCUCCAGUAAUGUUGUCUCAAGUUGUCGAUGAAAGUGUAGAUAUUGAACAUGCAUGCUCAGAGCCUACUGAAAGUGUAGAUACUGAUCAUGUGCGCCCUGACCGGACUGAAAGUGUAGGUACUGAAAGCGCGCGCCUUGAGCUGAUUGAAAAACAACUUACUUUUGUUGAUACCGUGAGUGGGAUUAAAGAAAAGUUUACAGUUGGGGGCAGACAUCAUUCUCAGCUAGAUAAAGUAAGGAAGAAAGGAUCCCGAACUGAAUCUGUUCAACCACAAGCAAAUCAAGAGAGACAUGAAACGGCCCUAGCACUAAAUAUCAUGCAGCCUGCUUCAUUUCAACCUUCACAUUAUCCAAUUUCAUUCCCCCAAUUGAGUAAUUUCAAUCAGGGUUCAUAUAUUGUGGUGGUGAGUCCUUUUGGAUUACCAAGUGGAUUCCAUGCAGGCUAUGGUCAACAUAUGGUGAUGGGCUUCACUCCCGGACCUAGUGGAUCCAUCAACGCAUCAUUGGCUCAACCCGGGCUCCAGCCGCCUAAUGUUUGCAUGCUUCAACAAAACCCUUUCAACAUCGGAUAACAGGCGGACAAUUUGUGGUUCUCUGGAUUAUCUUCCACCCGAGAUGGGUUAGUUCAAAGCCGUCUGUCUGUAGGUCCUUUCAAGAAGUUAAUGCUGAUGGAUUGAUUAUCCAUUUAGACCUUAACUGUUAUACGCGACUUUUGGAGUAGACAUUUGAAGCUUGGGAGUCUUGUGCUAUAGUUUCUGUAUGGAGUGCCACCAUUCGAAGCAAAGGAACACUCAUAUGCAUGUAGAAGGAUUACCCGAGAUCAGUAUUUGAAUACUGAAGAGUCCAUCGAUGCAGUGGCAGAUGAGCUGAAAGCAAGGCUCUCCAGCAAAUCAAAGAUGGGUUGAAGAAGAGAUGUGAUCUUGAGCCAUCAAUUUCUGGUCAGCAAGCCACACAAAUGGCAUGAUUGGUGGUGUCUGAGGAAAGGCUAAAGGUUUGGCCACCGGCAAUGAGGAUUGAUAGCUUUAGCUUUUAUAACAUCCGAAACUUGCAAAACCACAACAUGGAAAACUAUCUGACCAGCUGAAAUCAAUUGAAGUCAGUGAAAGCAAAAGUCUCUAGGAGCAGUGAUCGUGCAGGGAACAAGAGCACAACAAGCUUGUGCACGUGCUGUGAUCCCACACCCCCACUGAGCCGCUUCAACGACUCCCUCCGGCUUCGAAAGAAAACAGAAAAGAUGAGCUGGUGCUGACCCAAAAUAUUCUUCAUAGUUCUUGAAAGUCAAGCCAACAUCUGCAAUCUGCCAUGCCAAAUCCAAAAUACGAGACCACUGAACUCAGUGAAACAAGGCAUGCAAUGUUUAUUCAAUUUCAGUUUUCCUUGAUGAAUAACUACCGCAAUUUUAUUU